UAUCGAGGGAUAAAGUGGAUAUCGAGAGAUCAAGGGGAUAUAGAGGCAUUAAAGGGGGUAUUGAGGGAUUUUAGCGGCUACAUUUUUCUGCUUCAUCAUUCAAUCUUUUGCCAUUUUCUAGGACACACCCACACUCAUUUUUCUCUCAAACCCUUUUACCUCACAGUCCUUAAUAUUCGAAUGGUAGGAUGGUUGAACGUCUAACAUUCUUGAGUUGGAGAACUCUCUGGAUCCUCCCAACUCUCUGGAUCCUCCCAACUCUUUGGAUCCUCCAAUCUUUUGCUUUAUAUUUGAGGUUUUGGUUAGUAUUGGCCGGUGGAUCUGGGGAAAUCUCUAGAUAUCCUGAAUCACGUCAAAUUUCGAAUAUACCGACCCUAAUUUCUAACGCUCAUUUAUACCACACACGCUCAUUUUCUCUCAAAACUUUUACUUCCCUUUCCUCGAAAAUUAAUUUUUUUUAUUUUAAAAAUAUUUUUUUAAUACUUAUUCUUAUUUUAAAAUACAAUUUUUAUUAAAAGAAAGCGUUCCUUUCUUUGCGCGCUUACACGUGAGGGCUAUAAAGCCUUCAUUCUCGACUGCCAAUUAAAGCAUUUUUCACACCUUUCUCUUUCUUUUAAUUAUAUAUUCUUUCUUUUU